ACCGCACGUCCGCCGGAAGUGUCUGCAGGAGAGCCUGGGAGCCGGCUCGCCCUCGCGCCGGUGGGAUCCUGAGCUUGGCUAUUUGAGCGGGAGGUGCUACUCGUCUACCAGAAUCAUGGUGUUCUAUUUCACCAGCACUAGUGUUAACUCAUCUACUUACACUAUUUACAUGGGAAAGGAUAAAUAUGAAAAUGAAGAUCUGAUAAAGUAUGGCUGGCCUGAAGAUAUUUGGUUUCACGUGGACAAACUCUCUUCGGCUCAUGUAUACCUUCGAUUACAAAAGGGAGAGAAGAUAGAAGACAUUCCAAAGGAGGUUCUGAUGGACUGUGCCCACCUUGUGAAGGCCAAUAGCAUUCAAGGAUGCAAGAUGAACAACAUUAAUGUGGUGUACACGCCAUGGUCUAAUCUGAAGAAGACAGCUGACAUGGAUGUGGGGCAGAUAGGCUUUCACAGGCAGAAGGAUGUAAAAAUUGUGACUGUGGAGAAGAAAGUGAAUGAAAUCUUGAACCGAUUAGAAAAGACCAAAUUGGAGAAGUUUCCCGACCUAGCAGCAGAGAAAGAAGGCCGAGAUCGCGAAGAGAGGAAUGAGAAAAAAGCUCAGAUUCAGGAAAUGAAAAGGAGAGAGAAAGAAGAAAUGAAGAAGAAACGAGAAAUGGAUGAACUCAGGAGCUACUCGUCACUAAUGAAAGUUGAGAACAUGUCCUCAAAUCAAGAUGGUUACGAUUCUGAUGAGUUCAUGUGAGCUGAGCAAAGGACCCUGGGAAGACAUGAAUGUUCAGGCUAUUACAGAUCUUUUGAUUUCACCUAUGUUCUGAAUUACAGAAACCAACCAACCAAAACUCUACGUUCAUUCUACGUAGACAUCAUUCAUUUUGGAGCUUUUUUUUAAAAGUCAUUCUUUUUACCCAUGAAAAGAACAGAUGUGUAAUAUAGUUGAACCUGAAGACAACUUAUAACUCUAGGAAAAGAAAAAUAUUUUUGACAGAACAUUUGUCAGUACCUCAUAAAGGCUGGCUGCCUUUCUUCUUGAGAUAGGUAUUUCAGCAGACCUACUCUGGAAGGUGCUUCUGUGGCUGUGGUCUAUCCUGGAAACAGACAUCACGAAAUGCUUUUCUUUUUUCUAAAAUAUCUCUGCUUCUGUUAAGACUGUCAGUGAGUUACUAGGCCAGCACCCCUGAUGACAAUUUCCUGGUUAGGAGAAGGGUAUGUGAGUUUUGAAGACAGUGGUAGUACUUAAGGCUUUGAUUUCAGUAUCAACACGUUCUCUCUUGUUGGUACCAGAGUAGCCGGCCCAUUUCUUACCAUACUCCAAGGAUCUGAAGGCCCCCAUCUUAGCAUCACAGUUACGCAGUUGAUCUUAACCAAGUUUAGGAACUUGUUACCUGAACCACAAGUGACCUAAGCCACAGAUAUGACAACUAGGCUCUGAAGUCAUUUCUCUGUGUGGAGGGAGACACGAAGGGGUGCUCUUCUGGUAGUGUGAGUGACAGUUGGCCUCAUUUUUGUCUUGACUAUAUCAUGAAACAAAAGUCCACAGUGGAUUGUGAGUUUUAGAAAGAAUCAAGCAUUUUCCUAGUCAGCAAAUCAUCUAUUUCCUUACUUUGAAAUAUUUAUUUUGAAUUGUGACCCCAGAGUUGUAGGCUCAAUGACUUCACAUGGAGCACUGGUAGUGGCCUGAGCCACCUGCUCUCGGUAGAUACAUUUUUAGUACAGUGUUUAAGGGAACCCUGAAGAGACGCAGCAAACAGUGAGAGAGGAGAAAGCAAAGCCUGUGGGGAAGUGGCAUGCCGAUCUGUAUUUUAGCAUACCACACAGUGCCCACAGCGGUGGGUGCUAAGCCAGCAGAAAUGAUUUCUUCAGCAAAUGUACCAGCUGUCAUCACUGAAGUAUGGGCAAAACCAGAAGGCUGGUGACCCUUAGAACUCCAAGAUGAGUAUGAGCUGACCUGGAAAAUUCCCUGAACAUUAACUCAUUAGCCACAUUGGAGAGGAUAUGGAAGUCCGCACCAGAGGGGGUAUGUGUGUUUGUGUGUGUGUGUGUGUGUGUGUGAGACAUUUAGACUGGAGUUCUGUGAUGUAAAAAAAUUAUAAUAAAGUAUCAUUUUUAUCAGAAAGGA